CCCCAGGCUCCGACAAACUCCUGACAUCUUACACCUCUGCCUGACCAGGCCCCGCCGCCAGACCCCCGGCUCUGCCCCUGCCCUCCCUCCUGCCCUCUCCUCUCCCCUGCCAGGCCACUCUCUGCCAUCUCCCUGCACGACAUUGAACAGGAGGACCCCCGCGGGCGGACCCCGCUGGAGCUGGCCGUGUCUCUGGGAAACCUGGAGUCUGUGAGAGUGCUCCUUCGACACAAUGCCAACGUGGGCAAAGAGAACCGCCAGGGCUGGGCAGUCCUGCAGGAGGCAGUCAGCACUGGAGACCCUGAGAUGGUGCAGCUGGUGCUCCAGUAUCGGGACUACCAGAGGGCUACACAGAGGCUGGCGGGCAUUCCGGAACUGCUCAACAAACUUCGCCAGGCCCCCGAUUUCUACGUGGAGAUGAAGUGGGAGUUCACCAGCUGGGUGCCCCUUGUGUCCAAGAUGUGCCCGAGCGAUGUGUACCGCGUGUGGAAGCGGGGUGAAAGCCUGCGAGUAGACACCAGCCUCCUGGGCUUCGAGCACAUGACCUGGCAGCGAGGCCGGAGGAGCUUCAUCUUCAAGGGCCAGGAGGCAGGAGCCCUGGUGAUGGAGGUGGACCAUGACCGGCAGGUGGUGCAUGCGGAGACGCUGGGGCUCGCUCUGCAGGAGCCCGAAGCACUGCUGGCCGCCAUGCGGCCCAGCGAGGAGCAUGUGGCCAGCCGCCUCACCUCUCCUAUCGUCUCCACCCACCUGGACACUCGUAAUGUGGCCUUUGAGAGGAACAAAUGUGGUAUCUGGGGCUGGCGGUCUGAGAAGAUGGAAACUGUUAGCGGCUACGAGGCCAAGGUGUACAGUGCCACCAACGUGGAGCUGGUGACACGCACACGCACGGAGCACCUCUCUGAUCAGGACAAGUCGAGGAGCAAAGGGGGGAAGACUCCGUUCCAGUCCUUCCUGGGGAUGGCCCAGCAGCACUCCUCCCACACCGGGGCCCCUGUGCAGCAGGCAGCCAGCCCCACCAACCCCACAGCCAUCUCCCCUGAGGAGUACUUCGACCCCAACUUCAGCCUGGAGUCACGGAACAUUGGCCGCCCCAUCGAAAUGUCCAGCAAAGUACAGAGGUUCAAGGCAACACUGUGGCUGAGUGAAGAGCACCCGCUCUCCCUGGGUGACCAGGUGACACCCAUCAUUGACCUAAUGGCCAUCAGCAAUGCUCACUUUGCCAAGCUGCGCGACUUCAUCACCCUGCGCCUUCCACCUGGCUUCCCCGUCAAGAUUGAGAUUCCCCUUUUCCACGUGCUCAACGCCCGCAUCACCUUCAGCAACCUGUGUGGCUGUGAUGAACCCCUGAGUUCGGUGUGGGUGCCGGCCCCCAGCUCUGCUGUCGCCGCGCCAGGGAACCCUUUCCCGUGCGAGGUGGACCCCACCGUGUUUGAGGUGCCUGAGGGGUACAGUGUGCUGGGCACGGAGCGCAGCGAGCCCCUCCGAGAUGAGGACGACGACCUCCUGCAGUUCGCCAUCCAGCAGAGCCUGCUUGAAGCGGGCACCGAGGCGGAGCAGGUGACCGUCUGGGAAGCCCUGACCAACACCCGGCCUGGUGCCCGCCCUCCUCCCCAGGCCACGGUUUAUGAGGAACAGCUUCAGCUGGAGCGGGCCCUCCAGGAAAGCCUGCGGCUGUCCACAGAGCCCAGGGGCCCAGGAUCCCCUCCCAGGACGCCCCCAGCCCCCGGCCCACCCAGCUUUGAAGAGCAACUUCGCCUGGCCCUGGAGUUGUCUUCACGGGAGCAGGAGGAGCGGGAGCGGCGCGGGCAGCAGGAGGAGGAGGACUUACAGCGGAUCCUGCGGCUGUCACUCACCGAGCACUGAGCCACAGCCCCGGGAGGGCUGGCCAGGCCACUCCCUGCCCGCUUUUGUAAUUUAUUUAUUUAUAAACUCUCUGCUGCUGGGCUUGGGGCCUGGAGCCCCAGGGAUGGUCGGGCAGGGGAGACAGAUGGAAAUAAAGAGACUGUCGCAGCA